CAUCGGUGUGAUGUUUUGCUACGCUCGGUGUGGCCACGGCUUGAACAAUUGUCCCAGCCACAAAACGAAAAGAAAAAUUAGAAAAAGUCACUUCGGACAAGCAAAAUCACAAGAUAACAGAGAGAGCAAUCUAAAAAAGCAAAAGCAUUAAGUGAAAGAAAACUUUGAGCGGCCGCCACCCAAAAACCCACGUCAAAGUGCCGUGUGAUUCACGCGUUUUGUUUUCUCACUCGCAGCAAUUAAUUAAACAGGCAAGUUGACGGGGGUGCUCCAUUCCGCAAGUGAACUCAACAAGAUCACAUUAGAACAUCGACAAAUAUAGUAACCACAUCAAAUUCAUUUCAUCAUUCCGUCUUGUGCUAUACGUGGUGGUGUAGGAAUAGGAAGACAAGGAUUUCCACACACAAAAAAAAAACUCCCAGUAGAGUCCCAAACCCAGCACACAACUAAGUAAAUCGUGACGAAUCAUCCGAAGGCGUGUUAAUCCUCCCGAGAGCUUAAUUCCCAAGCGGUGUUUUGGAGCUGGGUAGAAAAACCGAAACCACCAUCACAACGCGCUAAAGCAAGGAUUCGUGCUUUUUAAAAAAAACGUAACGUAAGGGCAGCGGCUCAACCUUAAACCCACCAAAUAACGAUCCCACUUCAAUCAACCAAAAACCUCAAACGAGUAAUCAAACACACCGCCCAGCAACUCACAAAGACAACAAGGCUCACGCUAAAAGGGCGCUGCAAACAAGCAACAAGUUCGAUCAGCAGACAGAGAACAGAAGCUUACGAUGGCCAAGAAAACGUACGAUCUGCUGUUCAAGCUGCUGUUGAUUGGCGAUUCGGGCGUUGGGAAAACCUGCAUCCUGUUCCGCUUUUCCGACGAUGCAUUUACAUCUACCUUUAUCUCUACUAUCGGUAUUGACUUCAAAAUCAAAACAAUUGAACUAAGAGGCAAGAAAAUAAAGUUACAAAUUUGGGACACGGCCGGUCAGGAAAGGUUUCACACGAUCACAACCUCCUACUACCGUGGUGCCAUGGGCAUAAUGCUCGUGUAUGAUAUAACGAACGAGAAAAGUUUUGACAAUAUAGUGAAAUGGUUGCGAAAUAUAGACGAGCAUGCCAAUGAGGAUGUGGAAAAGAUGAUACUCGGCAACAAAUGCGACAUGGCGGACAAGCGUGCUGUACGCAAAGAAAGGGGAGAAAAUAUUGCCCGUGAACAUGACAUCCGUUUUAUGGAAACGUCCGCCAAAGCAAACACGAACAUCGAACUAGCGUUCCGCGAACUGGCCGAAGCAAUCCUGGACAAGAUCGCCGGCAAGGAAACGACUGACAAUCCCGACCGAGUAGUCGUCAACCGAAGCACCGGUGAGCGGUUACCGGCCUACAAAGCCUGCUGUACGUAGUGUGCUUAUCCGGGUUUUGCUCUAUCCGCCGGUAGCGUCCAGUCCAGCAAAAGGUGGACUUCGGUUUUUGGCGGUUAUGGUGCGCCGGCGUUCAAAAAACCCAUCCCCACCCUCGCCCUUGUCGGUGGUUCCGCGAUUCUUUUCGCGUAUUUGGUGCCGUGCUUUUACCUGCGUUUUUUUCUGUUUGUUUAUUUGUUUUGCGUAUAAGAUUUCGCUCGGGCGGUUUGGGUCGGCAAAACAAAGCACGAUACAAGACCAAUACUUGGGCCAAAAAGAUGAAAUUAAUAGCGGAUAAUAAGUUUUUAGUUGGUUGGGUCAGGUGGUUUAACGCUUUUUAGGGGGUACGCGCAAGGGUGAACACGCAAGUCAUCCGUGCGCAAGUAAAUUAUCAUCAUUCACCCCUACAUACGGCUCGGCUAGCUGCGCUGACAGCAAGCAAGUCCAAUGUGUGUUACUGGUGUGUGUGUUUUUUUUGGGGGAUGGCCAACCAAGUCUAGUAUUGCUUAGUAUCACGCAGCAGAUGCUACCGCAGCGUUGAUGGAUACAUAAAUAGUAGGUAAUAGUUUGUAGCGGUAUCAAAUCAAACGCUGCAAAGGCGUAAUCGUGUAAAAGAGCAUAAUUUCAUUAACGUUAGCGUAGACCACAUUUCAGCCUAGCGUUGCUAACUCAAUCCACCCCCUUUUCCCACCUCACAUCCCUUUAUUCCCUUAUUUCGAGUACAAUUCUAUGCCAAGUCGUCCCCUAAAACCAAGCUUAAGCGCUGUAGUUACGUUGGUAGCAAAAUGACAGUUAAAACGGCAAUGUUAUAACAAAUAUUUGUUCUAAGGAAAGGAUCGCUAAAAUGUGUGUAUGUAUUGUGCUUUUUUUUUAAAUUAUUCGCAAGACCACAACAAUGUACUUGCGUAUUAGCUUCAUUUAGAGGUUUUUUAGUAUAUUUUCUUGACACGACGACAAAUGUUUUAUCAUUAGACAAAAAAAAACCUUCCCCCCCAUUAACUUUUUAUUAGUGUGUCACAACCCCCGGAUACGUUUAGAAGUUUAGCAAAAUAUAGUUACAAAUUUAUUUUUUUCCAAGCUUUACAAUUUAUCGUUAAAUCGUGGGGGGGGAGCUAUUGAUUACUUGUGCUUAGCGUUUGCUAAACAUUUUGCGUUUGUUGUGCAAAAGGUAUAAUAAGAACAAAAUAAUUAUAUCGCAGCAGCAGCGCAGCAUGGAACAAAAAAUAGCGAAAACAUAAUAUCGAACAAGCAGGAUGUGUGUGUGUGCGUUACUUUGCAAAUGAGAGGGGACACAAAAAUAAUAAUUAAAACAAAAAAAAACAAAUCAAAAGCAGUAGCUUUAAGCCAAGCAACCAGCUUUAUUUCAGUUUGUGAUGGUUAUGAGUUUGCAAAAAAAGGAAACAUUUUGCAGUUGAAAGGUUGGACAGCCCGGGGAAGAACAUUAAAUGAUGUUACUAAAAGAAGCAAAGCAAAAAAUUAACUGAAAAGAAAUUAUUAAGAAAGAACACUAGCAGGAUUAGCUAUAUUGAAGUAAGCAAAGCAACACUAAAUGGGAGAAUGAAAAUCACAAAUGAAAGGUUACAAACACCUGGUAAAUAUACACGAUUCUAACCCUCUCCCGGGGGCAUGGUGAAAAAAAAAUUAACAAUUGUAAUCCAGGUUGAUGAAGCGUUCAAGACCUCGCGAUCGGAAACACGAUCGAUUAAACGAUAUUAUUGGUUGCGCUUGCAGUGAACCAUGGUUUUAACCCUAUUCGCCGUUUGUGACGUGUUAAUUGUUCUGUUUUGCUAUUGAUCGUCUGCUAUGCAUCUUUAGCGCGCAUCCACGGGAUGCAAAAAAGGGGUUUGAGGGAGUUUGCGUUAUCGGCGCAAACGUGUAUGCACACAACACUCAUUCACACAAAGCAGGCUCAUUGCAGGCUAUAGCUAAAGAACCAAGGCGUAUAAGAUAGAUAAUACUGUACACCCUGUAAAAUAUAUCCCAAUACAUGUCCUUCCGUGUGAUUUCAUAUGAAACAAAGGUUUUUCUUUUGUUCGAUUCCUUAAUCAUCAUUAAGAAGCACGAUUAAAAACACACAACAAAAUUUCAAACAAAAACCACUCCUACGAGAGAUAACGAUCAUUAUGCGAUCAUCCAACCAAGAGUAUCACGUUGAAUAACAAAACGAAAAAAAAAAAUGUGGAAGAACUUUGUUCGCUUCAUCGACGGCAAACAACAUUACACAAUAUUUCGAUGUUUUACAUGAAGGAAAACUAAUGUCGAGGCUAUUUUCAUUCCAGGAAAUAGAAGAAGAAAAUCACACAUACAUUUAUGUAAGAAAAUGUAACAUGUACACGGUUCGGUUUUCCUUACUACUGUUUCUGUUGUGGCUGCAUUUCGUUUCCGAAAUUGAAUCGAAUGUUUUUUCGUUACCGAAUUGCUCCUUUCAUCCCUUUCAUCUCUACUUACUAAUUGCUCAACAUCUACACACUUUAUGCUCAGUUUAACUGACAUUGAAAUUCUCACCCUUGUGAUAAGCUGUAUCAACUCUGCAAAUGCAAAAAAAAAACACACAUCAAUUACAUCUUGUAUAGGAAAUGCAAAACGGUUCAGGAACGGGAGAGGGACGAGUAAACCAGUCCAAAGGAAAUUGAUUACAAGCUUGUAGGUUUGUUUUAUGUAAUAUUAUUAUUAUUUUACUGGAAUCAUAAUUUAGCCUGGGGAUGCCAAAUUUAGAAAGGGAAGAUUUCAACGAAACAAAAAGAAAAAAACAAUAAAUCUGCAAAUGAUUAGAA